UUUCCGGGUCCUAUGACUCCGUGUCAUAUGAUGUGUUUUUGAACAAGGGGGGAAGGGAAGUAGAGCACUUUCUAUUGUAGUUAGUUACCAUAUUUCCAAACAGCACAGAAACAGUUUCCCAUUGCCUCAUCCUGUGAGAGAAAAACAAGGUGUUGAAUUUGAGAAAGUCACUGUCAUUCGGACUUUCACACUAUGGCGGGCGGAUCUGUAUCGGAGUGCAAGGAAUACUUGUUCAAAGUCCUUGUCAUCGGGGAGUUAGGUGUGGGGAAAACCAGCAUCAUCAAAAGAUACGUCCAUCAGUUAUUUUCCCAACACUACAGAGCGACUAUUGGGGUCGAUUUUGCGCUCAAAGUUAUCAACUGGGACAGCAACACGCUGGUGAGGUUACAACUAUGGGAUAUCGCAGGCCAGGAGCGAUUCGGAAACAUGACGCGGGUGUACUACAAGGAGGCGGUGGGGGCAUUCGUGGUGUUUGACGUGACGAGGGGCUCCACUUUCGAGGCAGUGUCCAAAUGGAAGCACGACUUGGACAGCAAGGUGAAACUGGCCAAUGGGAGCCCUAUACCCUCGGUGCUGCUUGCCAAUAAGUGUGACCAGAAGAAAGAGAGCUCCAAAAACACUUCCCUCAUGGACAACUUCUGUAAAGAGACUGGCUUCCUGGGCUGGUUCGAGACCUCGGCUAUGGACAACAUCAACGUGGACGAGGCAGCUCGGUUCCUGGUGGAGAACAUCCUGCUGAACGACAAGGGCCUGCCAUACGAGGAGAGCAACGGUGACCCCAUCAAGCUCGACCAGGAGACGGUGGCUGCUGAGAGCAAGCCAGGCUGCUGCUAGCUCUGAGGACUCCUACUGCAUCCACCUUUCAACCUCCUCCCACUGGAUCAAUCAAUCAAUCAAAUGUAUUUAUAAAGCCCUUUUUACAUCUGCCGAUGUCACAAAGUGCUAUACAGAAACCCAGCCUAAAACCCCAAACAUCAAGCAAUGCAGAUGUAGAAGCACGGUGGCUAGAAAAAACGCCCUAGAAUGGAAUGAACCUAGAAAGAAACCUAGUGAGGAACCAUGCUCUGGGGGGUGGCCAGUCCUCGUCUGGCUGUGCCGGGUCGAGAUUAUAACAGGGUAGCACCUCAGGCCAGCUCACACAGAGGGCCUAGAGGUCAAGGACUGGGUCUCCUAGCCCCACCCCUCCCCUAUGUCCAUUAACCCUGGACCGCCUCAACACCCUUCCAAACCUUAGCCGCAGUCUUCUGUAUCUAUAUGAUCACACCGGGCUGCUGUUCAGGAAGGGCGUGACCCUGAACCCCAUAUCCCACCCCAAGCUGUCGUUACACUGGACCCAUGCCCCCUGUCCAAUGACCCUGCGGAAGGGCUACUGUCCAGGGAGUGGGUUUCGUCAUACCCUAGCUCACUGACAAUUACGCAUGCAACUGUCUUGUUUCAUAAUGGUGCCAUGAGUUCUCUUUUUUUUUUUUCAUAGUUUUUGCUGAAGGCCUGAACAAAGGUGGGACUAAGGAUGUACCAUAAAUAAAUGUGUGUUUUAUCAUGAUGAUCUGUGGAGUAUCUUCCAGUGUUCUUCUAGGCAAUGCUAGUCACACACGGACAACAACAAAAAAUACAUUUAUCUUGAAAGAAAGAACAAAUAGAAGGAAGGUGCCAUUGGAACUCAGAGAGAAAUCCCUGAGAGACUUGAUGUCUCAGUAAUAGUACGAAAGAGUACAUCUAAGAUGUGUAUUUUUUUUUUGUACAUUUGUGUUUGAUCAUGUACUGUAUAAUUCCUGGUGAGGUACAUCAGGCGGUGGAGGGAACCCUCGCACUACCCAAGCAGUUGAGAAUCCUAGGCAAGUGUAAAUUAUUUUUUUAAACACUGUGCGGGGUCUAUUAAGUUUACGUGUGAAAAUAUACUUUGAAACUACUACUAAAAACUAAAAAUAAUAAACAUUUUUUAAUUGAUAAUA